AUGUUGGUUGAAAAUCUGAAUAGGAACAAGGAUGGUGAUGCAGUAUCUGUAAUAGGUCAAGUAAACAAAUUUGAAGGCGAUUAUGUGUUUCUAAAGGUGAAUGAAAGUACAAUCAAAGUGAAACAUAAUGGAAUUGACACCUAUAAAAACAGAAUCGUGCUUGUACAUGGAACUGUACAAGACUGUGUUCUAGUGGAAAAGAAUGCGUACAAAUUGGAAGACGAAUUUGAUUUUGAGUCCUAUAAGAGAUUCUUGGAGACAGCAAGCAACCAUUCCGAAAUUUACUAA